GGCAGGUGCGUCAGCAGGUGCCGGCUCCCUGGGAGCGUCGGUCGAGCCGCUGUCGGCAGGAUUCAGGAGCGGAGGCCCCUCGCUGUCCGGAAUAUCGAACAGGCCGCGGUCACGCGCGCUCCGCCUCAGCGGCCCGUCAGAUCGCAUACACUGACGGCGCGUCAAGUCGGACACCGGCGGCGAAUCAGAUCAGACCCGGACUCGCGGACUCGGACUCGGACGUAGUGCCGGUUGAUCGGAUUCCGGGGGCGGCGGGCGGUGCGGUCUCGGCGAUGACGGACCUCGACUCAUCGGGCCCGGUCAUCUGGCCCAAGUGGUGCUACUCGAAUGUACCGACGGAGGGCCCGGAGCUGCCGUCGGGCCUCAGUGUGACGCCGGCCGUCAAGCGGCGGCGCAAGCGCACCCUCGAGUCGGCCGACGUCAAGCGCGAGAGCAGCACACCCGAACGCAGUCCCAGCGGCUCGCCGCGCUCGCUCAGCUCCCAGCGCUCGCCGCACGAGCGCCACAGUCCGGCCACGCCCGCCUCGGCCGCCACGCCCGUCACCAGCCAGGCGCUGCCGCCGCGCAACUACAGUGACUUCAUGCGCAGCCUCGCCGCCAAGUACAACAACAACAACCCCAACGAGUACUUUUCCGGCCAGGCGAACGGCCUGCUGCGCGGCUUUGACUACAGCCGGUACGGCCUGAAGCCGGGCCACACGCCGCUGCUGGCGUCGCCGGCCAAGGAGGAGAAGAAGGAGGAGGUGGCGCCGGCGGCCAAUCCGCUGCUGGCCGUGCAUCCUCACCUGGCGGCGCUCUCGGGCCUGCCCAUGCUGGACGUGCUGUCGAUGGUGCGGCCGGGCCUGACGCCGUCCGACUACCUGGCUGCCGGGCAGACGGCCGCCGCGGCGCCGGCCGGCAAGCGGCCGCCAGAGGGCGCGCCUCUCGACCUUUCCAACAUGAAGCGGCCCCGCCUAGAGAAGGGCUUCAAGGAGCUGUUCGGCCUGAAGGAGGAGGCGGCGCGCGUGGGCAGCGCCUCGCCGCGGCCGUCUGCCGAACUAGCGGCCGCCCUGCACGGCUCGGCCUGCACGCAGAAGCCGUGCUCGCCCGAGGCCGAGGCGGUGUCCUCGUGGGGCGUGGACGAGGUGUGCUCGUUCGUCCGCUCCGUCGACGUUUGCGCCGAGUACGCCGAGACGUUCAGGGAGCACGGCAUCGACGGCAGCACGCUGCCGCUGCUGAGUGCCGAACACCUGACCAACAUCCUUCACCUGAAGCUGGGCCCGGCGCUGAAGCUGCGCACGGCGCUCAGUCAGAAGAUCGGCCACUGCGCUGUCUGCAUGCACUGCACCCACUGCCACGCCACCAAGCCGACCGCCCGGCCCGGCGAAUCAUGAGCCACUGCUGACCAAGCAGGGGCGAACUGCGUUUUGUUGCUGCAUAUGCAUUCCGCGAUGUUUAUCUGAUGAGUGCAAUUCCACUGGUGUUUGCCGGGGAUGCUCUUUUGGCUGGGAUCGUGCAAAAUUGAUCUGUCGCACACGGUUAGCGCUGGUCGUAAGCGCGUGGCUGCGAUCAUAGUGAAGUCCGCUGUUAGACUAAGGUGAGAUGUAAUUGUUGAUGAUUAACCGAUCAUUUCAAAAAAUGCAUUCUGAUGCCUGUUAUGUACUUGUGAGGAGCUGUGAGCACGUUUCUCAAGAUGCACGGUUUGAGUUUGUUUUGGUGACGUCAUUUUAGUUGAAGCUGUUACUUAGAGACGAGUCUGUUUCUAGCUGACACGUAUGCAUACGUCUACUUGUUUGAUCUUUGAAUGAAGUAGCGACUGUUGUAGGUAAUUACACGGACGUACAAUAUUUGUGAUGCGGUCGCCGGUCUGGGUUUGGCGCGUCGAAAGCCCACAAUUAUUUGCUCAAUGGUUUCAAUACAUAAGAGGCAGACGUUGCCCAUGUUCAUUCACAUAAUUCGUCCUUUCCCUUAUGUACCAACAUUUUCAGUUCGACGGAAUAAGAAACUUAGUGCAAUAGUCUCUGCUGCCGCUGCAUUUCUGCCCAACAGUCGGGGAUAUGUUUUUGUACAUGUUUGAGCUCCACAAAUCAGCACGGUUGGCGAAUGUACAGAUGUAUGUAGCACGGCUGAUAACUGCGUACCGCCCGACAGUCUCAUGAAUGCUGUUUAGUUUGCGAUCCUGCGGUGACGGCACCAAAUACACUUUUUGUGAUAUGA